AUGGCGACAUACUUUCAUCAUGGUAACUCCGAAAUCCAAUCAGGUGCCGCCGACGGACUCCAAACACUUGUCCUCAUGAACCCCGGCUACAUCCACUACCCUGACGCGCCGCCGCAGCCCUCGCCUUCACACGCUGCAGGAAAUCUCGUGUUUCUCAACCCCGCCGCGGUUGCCGGCGCCAACAGCAACAACUCCUUCAACCCUCACGCGCCGCCCUCUCACACCCAACAAUUCGUUGGAAUUCCCCUCCCCGCUUCCCAGGACCUCAACCAUCACUCCAUGCACGCGCACCAUGACGUCUCGGCCCUGCAUGGCUUCCUCCCGCGCAUGCAGUACAAUCAUUGGAACGCGCUCGACCCGGCCUCGGCGGCGCGUGAUACUCCACGCGCGCAGCAGGGGCUGUCACUGGGGCUGGGGUCGUUCAGGGAAGGUCAUGCGCCGGGCAUGUCGGGCGACGACUUGCGCGUAUCCGGCAGUUCGCCGUCGUCGGCUUCUGGGGUUACCAAUAAUGGAGCUUCGGGCAUUCAGAGUUUGAGCUCAAAGUACUUGAAGGCAGCGCACGAACUUCUAGAAGAGGUUGUGAAUGUUAACAAUGGGAUUGGCACUGAGUUGAGGAAAAAGAGUGGGGCACAGACCAAGGUGAUUGGAGAAUCAUCAGCAGCAGGUAGUGGAGAUGGUUCAGUUGGUGGGGAAGGGAACGGAAAACGCAGCUCUGAGCUAUCAACGGCAGAAAGACAAGAAAUUCAGAUGAAGAAAGCCAAACUAAUUGGCAUGCUUGAUGAGGUGGAGCAAAGGUACAGGCAGUACCACCAGCAGAUGGAGAUUGUGGUGUCGUCGUUUGAGCAAGCUGCGGGGAUUGGGUCUGCGAGGACAUACACGGCUCUUGCAUUGCAAACAAUCUCCAAGCAGUUUCGGUGUUUGAAAGAUGCGAUUGCAGGGCAGGUUCGAGCUGCUAACAAGAGCUUAGGAGAAGAAGAUUGCUUUGGAGGGAAAAUAGAAGGUUCGAGGCUCAAAUAUGUGGACCAUCAUCUAAGGCAACAACGAGCUCUCCAACAAUUGGGAAUGAUCCAGCACAAUGCUUGGAGACCCCAGAGGGGAUUGCCUGAAAGAUCUGUUUCGGUUCUUCGUGCCUGGCUCUUCGAACACUUCCUCCACCCUUAUCCCAAGGACUCGGACAAGCACAUGUUGGCAAAACAAACAGGGCUAACUAGGAGCCAGGUUUCAAAUUGGUUUAUAAAUGCUCGAGUUCGGCUUUGGAAGCCAAUGGUGGAGGAAAUGUACUUGGAAGAGAUGAAGGAUCAUGAACAGAAUGGGUCUGAGGAUAAAUCAAGCAAGAGCAAUGAAGAUUCUUCUACGAAAAUGGCAGCCCCACCAGAGAAAGGUCCUUCCAAUGAAACCGAGGCUAAAAGCUUCAAUUCCAAACAAGAGGCUUCAAAGGGCCAGAACACUGCUAUGGUUUCAGUUUCUAGACCAUCAACAUCACCACUUGGUGGGAAUGUGAGAAACCAAUCAGGAUUCAGCUUCAUGGGGUCAUCAGAGCUAGAAGGGAUCACACAAGGAAGUCCGAAGAAAGCAAGGAACCAUGAGAUGAUGCAUUCCCCAAAUAGUGCCCCUUCAAUGAGCAUAGAUGUGAAGCCCAAUGAGGCAAACAAUGAGCAGCUCCCAAUGAAAUUUGGGGAUGAAAGGCAAGGCAGAAAUGAAUCCUCUUUCAUGGGAAACCAAACAAACUUCGUUGGUGGUUUUGGACAGUACCCAAUUGGGGAUAUUGGAAGGUUUGAUGCAGAGCAGUUUGCACCAAGGUUUUCAGGUAAUGGUGUUUCCCUCACUCUUGGUCUUGACUCAUUACCAGGAACCCAUCAAACAUUUCUCCCAAACCAAAACAUUCAACUUGGAAGAAGCUUGGACAUUGGCGAACCAAAUGAGUAUGGCAGCAUAAACACUUCCUCUCCUCGCUCUACAGCUGCUUAUGAGAGUAUCAGCAUGCAAAACCCAAAGAGGUUUGCUGCACAAUUGUUGCCAGACUUUGUAACCUGA